GCGACCCCGGCUGGACGACGCCCUCCGCGGGCUGCGCCGCACCAUGCUCCGCGGCCCGCGCCGCAUCAUGCUCGGCGGCCCCGAGCGCCUCGUCAAGGUCUCCGUGGCACCGGUCGCGGCCCUGGCUGUGGCGCUGCUCUCGUCGCUCUCGCGCUGCUCCCUCCUGGAGCCGGAAGACCGCGCGGUCUCGGCGCUCAGCCCCUACUUCGGCACCAAGACCCGCUACGAGGAUGCCAACCCCGGGCUGCUGCCGGACCCCGAGGCGCCGCGGAGGGACCCUGAGCUGCUGGAGGACACCUGCACCCCGGUGCAGCUGGUCGCCCUCAUCCGCCACGGCACCCGCUACCCUACGGCCAAGCAGAUCCGCAAACUGCGGCAGCUGCACGGCCUGCUGCAGGCCCGCCGGCCCGGCGACGGGCGCGCUGGCCCCGCAGGCGGCCGCGACCUGGGCGCCGCGCUGGCCGACUGGCCGCUGGGAUACGCGGACUGGAUGGACGGGCAGCUGGUGGAGAAGGGGCGGCAGGACAUGCGACAGCUGGCGCUGCGCCUGGCCUCCCUCUUCCCGGCUCUCUUCAGCGUCGAGAACUACGGCCGCCUGCAGCUGGUCACCAGCUCCAAACACCGCUGCGUGGACAGCGGCGCCGCCUUCCUGCAGGGGCUGUGGCAGUACUACCACCCGGGCCUGCCGCCGCCCGACGUCGCAGACAUGGAGUGUGGACCUCCAAGAAUUAAUGAUAAACUAAUGAGGUUCUUUGAUCAUUGUGAGAAGUUUUUAACUGAAGUGGAAAAGAAUGCUACGGCUCUUCAUCAUGUAGAAGCCUUCAAAACUGGACCAGAAAUGCAGAACAUUUUAAAAAAGGUUGCAGCUACUUUGCAAGUGCCAGUCAACAAUUUAAAUGCGGAUUUAAUUCAGGUAGCUUUUUUUACCUGUUCAUUUGACCUGGCAAUUAAAGGUGUUAAAUCUCCUUGGUGUGAUGUUUUUGACAUAGAUGACGCAAAGGUAUUAGAAUAUUUAAAUGAUCUGAAACAGUAUUGGAAAAGAGGGUAUGGAUAUACUAUUAAUAGUCGAUCCAGCUGCACCCUGUUUCAGGAUAUCUUCCAGCACUUGGACAAAGCAAUUGAACAGAAACAAAGGUCUCAGCCAAUUUCCUCUCCAGUCAUCCUUCAGUUUGGUCACGCAGAGACCCUUCUUCCACUGCUCUCUCUCAUGGGCUACUUCAAAGAUAAGGAGCCCCUAACAGCUUACAAUUACAAGGAACAAUUGCAUCGCAAAUUCCGAAGUGGCCACAUUGUGCCCUAUGCCUCGAACCUAAUAUUCGUGCUUUACCACUGUAAAAAUGCUAAGACUCCCAAGGAGGAAUUCCGAGUGCAGAUGCUAUUGAAUGAGAAGGUGUUACCAUUGGCUCACUCACAAGAAACUGCCUCCUUGUACGAGGAUCUAAAGGACCACUACAAGGACAUCCUUCAGAACUGUCAUACCAGUGAAGAGUGCCAGUUACCAAAGGUGGCAGUUCUGGUAUCUUCGGUCUUCAGAAAUAGUGUGGGGCCCGGGACUGUUGCUUUGGAAGAAAGCUGACCUCUCUCUAGUUAAGAAUUUGAAAUAAUACUAAGAAACAGAGUGUGAUUUUCAAAGGACACCUUCACUGAAUGAAGACAAAAAGUAUAAUAAAAUAGAUAUUUUUGUUAAUAGUAUUUAUAAAGUAUUUGAACACUUUUUCGAUAGUUCCUUUUAACCUCCUAGUAAGUCUUGCAAGGCCUUUCCUAAAUUAUUAUCCUACCUGUUUUACAUUUAUAACAAUGCAAGGACAAAGACGACCAUUAGCAACAAGGAAGACAGAAUCAGAGUUUCUUAAAUCCAUUGCUUCGUGAUUUUUUUCACUCUGUCACUUUGCUUCUAUUUUUAUAUUUUGCUAUUAUGUGAAAUGUAUCUUUUGGUUAUUGCUUUUCCAUUCUUUUUUCUUUUUUUCCCCUAAGUAAAGACUUUAUCCUGAUAGCUUAGUUUCACAGAUCUGAACCCAUUUCAAAGAGAUACUUCUGAGUUUUGUCAAAUGCCGUGAAAGUGUUUGCUAUAAUAAUAAACAGAAUUCUUGUGGCUUUACUA